CCUGCGGGCGUAGCGGGCGGAGUCUGGCCACGACCACGACCCUGACCCGGCGGCGGCGAGGACCGCGACCUGCUCGCACAUGGCUCGACACGUGUUCCUCACCGGGCCGCCAGGGGUUGGGAAAACAACCUUGAUCCAGAAAGCCUGUGAGCUUUUGCAGUCAUCUGGGGUGCCCGUGGAUGGAUUUUACACGGAAGAAGUCAGGCAGGGAGGCAGAAGGAUCGGAUUUGAUGUAGUCACCUUGUCCGGUGCCAGGGGACCUCUGUCUCGAGUGGGGUCAGAGUCUCCACCCGGGAAACGUGAGUGCCGAGUCGGGCAAUACAUAGUGGACCUGACCUCUUUUGAGCAGUGGGCGCUUCCAGUCUUGUGGAAUGUUCAGGAUGCUUCUAAUAAAAUUCCGAGUGUAGAGUCCAGCUUUGAGCAUUGGAUCAAUACAAAGAAUUGAUUUUUACUUACCCUGCUCAGAGCAGACAUCAUCCUGGGAGGAGAGUGGGCACCAACAUGCUCACUGUGUGGCUGUGGGUUAUAUGAGAGCACUCAUCUGCCUUUUUAAUGAGAAACAAAGAAAAGCUGGCUUCUUGCAGCUGUCUCUGACCACCAAGUGCCCUCGUGCCGGGUGGGAGGAGUUCCCGCGGAUGGUUCCCAUCGGUCAGUGUCUUGGCUUUCUUCUGUAAAGCAGAACUUCCUUCAUCCCAUGUAUUAUGGUGGGAUGAAGAAAGAAGGAAUGUGAGUUUUUUAGGCAAUAAAAUAGGGGAGUAUUAAGAGACAGUUUGGUACUGGUGACCAGGUAAACUGGUCAUACUUCAGGCAGGUGAAACUUCAUCCAGGUGCAGUGUUUUAGUGUGUGGUACUCGGGACCUAUGAAAACACUAUCUGACAGUGGGUCAAGGAGCAUCUAUAAGAAAUUUCUCUGUGGUUGAAGGAUAGUUUAAGCCCUUUUUAGAAAAUGCUAUGGAAAACAUCAAGACAGUUCUGUGGUUGGGCCAGCAUGGCUGUGCCUGUUUGUCCCCAGGAAGCAGGACUGGCUGGGCACUGGGAGCACUUGAGGUGGGGGCCUGGAGGGACUCAGGCAGCAGGCCUCCUCCUGCAGCUGCUCAUGGAAUCUGGGUGGACAGAUGCAGACUGAGCUAGACCGCUGGGGGUGCCCGUGGGAGACGAAGGAGAGUGUAUGGUGGAUGUUACAGACCUAGGAGGACUUCUGGAAAGCCCUGGAGGCUUGACGGUUGUUGAUUGCUCAUCCAUGGGUAACAUCUUUCCUUGCUUGACCACAUUUAUUUUUUUCCUCAGUAUUAAAGUUCUAU